AUGACGCUGCUGGAACUCAAAGAGGACCGGCCCACGCCAAAGGCCGUGUACAACUGGCGAGUCUACACCACCGCCGCCAUCGCCUCGUUCGCAUCAUGUAUGAUCGGCUACGACUCAGCCUUCAUCGGCACGACGCUUUCGCUCCCAUCGUUCGAGGAUGAGUUCAAGUUUGACUCUUACAGCACGUCGGGCCUGGCACUCCUCAAGUCCAACAUCGUCUCCGUCUACCAGGCCGGCGCCUUCUUCGGCAGUCUGUUCGCCUAUGUCACCUCCUACUUCCUCGGUCGCCGCAAGUCCCUCUGGGUCUUCGCCAUCAUCUUCAACUUGGGCGCCGGCCUCAUGCUCGGUGCUAAUGGCCAGCGUGGCCUCGGCCUGAUUCUCGCCGGCCGUGUCCUCGCCGGUAUCGGUGUCGGUGGAGCGAGUAACAUGGUGCCUAUUUUCAUCUCUGAACUGUCCCCUCCUGCCAUCCGUGGACGCUUGGUCGGUAUAUACGAGCUUGGCUGGCAGAUUGGAGGCCUUGUUGGCUUUUGGAUCAACUAUGGUGUGAACACAACCCUGCCGGCCAACCACGCCCAAUGGUUGAUCCCCUUUGCGGUGCAGCUCAUUCCGGGUGGCCUGCUCCUCUUCGGCGCCUUCUGGAUCAAGGAGUCGCCUCGCUGGCUGUUCAUGAAGGGCCAACGCGAGUUAGGCAUGGCGAACCUUUGCUGGAUCAGGAACCUCAGCCCCACUGAUAUUUACAUCGUUGAGGAGGUUAGCUACAUUGAGGAAGACCUCGAGAGGUACCGCAGGGACGUUGGCGCCGGCUUCUUCAAGCCUUUCGCCGCACUUAAGCAGCCCAAGGUGCAAUGGCGCUUCUUCCUCGGCUCCAUGCUCUUCCUAUGGCAGAACGGAUCCGGUAUCAACGCUAUCAACUACUACAGCCCCACUGUCUUCAAGGGCCUCGGCGUUACUGGCACAAAUACUUCUUUCCUGACUACUGGCGUGUUCGGAUGUGUGAAGACAGUUUUCACAUUCCUCUGGCUCUUGUACAUGAUUGAUAACUUCGGCCGACGAAACCUACUUAUAUAUGGUGGUCUGGGAGGCUCAGUCUGCAUGUGGAUCAUUGGUAUCUACAUCUGCGUUGCCGACCCAGCCGGCAACCCCAAUACCUCGGGCUCGCUUUCAUCUGGCGGUAUUGCUGCGAUGUUCUUCUUCUACCUGUGGACCGCCUUCUACACGCCUUCUUGGAACGGAACGCCCUGGGUCAUCAACUCAGAGAUGUUCGACCAGAACACCCGUUCCCUCGGCCAGGCCUCCGCCGCAGCGUCCAACUGGUUCUGGAACUUCAUCAUCUCGCGCUUCACGCCGCAGAUGUUCCUUGCCAUGAACUACGGCGUGUACAUGUUCUUCGCCUCCUUGAUGAUCCUGUCGGCCAUCUUCGUCUUCUUCCUCAUCCCCGAGACCAAGUCCAUCCCCCUCGAGACGAUGGACAGGCUGUUCGAGAUCAAGCCGGUGCGCAAGGCGAACAAGGUCAUCAUGGAGGAGCUCAGGCUGCACGACGAGGAGUUCAGGCGCGCCGCGGGCGACCUGGACAUUGGGCACGACUCGGAUAAGGCCGGUGUCAGCCAGCUGGAGGACGCGGACCUGAAGAAGGACAUGGUGUAG